AUGUUUACUACUAUAUUAGAAAGGAAAGCUUGUGUGAGGGUAUUAGAAGACUCGACAGUGAUGCUGAUUAUUUUGUUAGCAGAUGGUAAAGGGUAUGCGUCAGAUGAGUUGGAUAAAAAGGAUGACAAGGAUUUUGAACUUUUAGAGACAACGGAAUAUGAACAUGAAUGUGAUGAAAAGGUCCAUACUUUUGAUAAAACUGUUGGAGACCCAUUCUUGGACAAACUUUUAGGGAAUAUAAGUGAUGAUGAUGAGGAGGAUGAAGAAAACAAUGGAAAAGACAAGGAUGUUGUGUUCCCUGUCCGUACUGAGGAUCAAGAAUGGGAGCAAAUGGUGCCAGUUUUGAGUAUGAAGUUUUCUAACCAGUUGAAAUUGAAGUUGUGUGCCACUAACUAUGCACUCAAAAAUAGAUAUGAUUUAUGGGAUAGGAAAUCAUUUCAUGAAUUAGAUAUUUCAGAAACCAAAGAUGAUUAUAUGGAAGUUGAAAGCUAA